AAUUUUGUAUAUUAAUUAUUUUUCCACUUCUCUCGCCCGUUUAAAAUCUACCUACUAACCUUUUAUAUGUUAUGAAACUCGACAAAAUAGUAUUUUCUAUGUAUUUUAGCGGUCGUCACUAGAGAUCUUGUAGGUACUUCAUGAAAUUGAGUGAAAUUCAGAAAAUAUUGCUCAGCUUGUAGCUAGAACAUGACAAAUAAAAGCUUCCAAGCUCCAGCUGAUGAAAAAUCAAUACCUCUUGUGGUUUAUAGAUAAUGUGUCGCAAUUUACCUCUUACGAGUAAAAUAAUUUUCGCUUUCUUUUUAAGAUAAUAAGAGUAAUAAUUUGUAUUGCUUAUUAUUAAGUAAACAAAUGAUAAAGUCUUAUACUUAUAUAUGGAUAAAAUAAUGCGUAUCAUAUCACACAUUAUGCGUUGAAUGUAUUAAAUUGAUUAUCCAACGUAGUAUGCCUUAUGAACAACUGUAAGUCUUCUUCACUGCAAAUAUUGCAUUAAGAAAUAUUUCAAACCUUAACAUGGCAACCGAUAUGACCACCAAUAUUGAAACUGUAGAGGUACUGAUGCGUGAGGCCGAUUGCCUUAAACACAAGCUGGAUGAGGAAAGGAAAAAAUUGAAUGAUGUCACAUUGGCAAACGUUGCAGAACGCCUAGAAGAAAUAACUUUUUUGAACAUUAAACCUAGACGAUUACUGAAAGGAAACCAAGCCAAAAUGUUGUGUUGCGAUUGGUCACCAGAUAAACGACAUGUUGUUUCAUCGUCUCAAGAUGGUAAAUUACUAAUUUGGGACGCAUUCGCAUCGACUAAAGAUCAAACUGUCACAAUGCCAACAACCUGGGUAAUGGCAUGUGCGUACUCGCCUUCAGGCAAUUUGGUCGCAUGCGGGGGCUUGGAUAAUAAAGUCACCGUAUUUAAUAUUUCAAACCCUGAAGAAGAUCCAUCUGCUAAAAAGAAAACUGUUGGCACUCAUACAAAUUUCAUGUCUUGUUGUUUGUUUCCAAGUUCAGAUCAACAGAUAUUAACUGGGAGCGGAGAUGCGACUGCUGCUCUCUGGGAUGUCGAGUCUGGUCAAAUGUUGCAAUCAUUUCAUGGUCAUACCGGAGACAUAAUGUCUAUUGAUCUUUCACCUUCUGAAACUGGCAACACAUUUGUUUCAGGCAGCUGCGAUAAGAUGAUGCUUCUUUGGGACAUGAGAACAGGGCAGAGUGUUCAAUCAUUUGAGGGUCAUGUGUCCGAUAUAAAUAGUGUCAAGUUUCAUCCUAGUGGAGAUGCUGUAGCGUCCGGCUCCGAUGAUGCAACAUGUCGUUUAUAUGACUUACGAGCAGAUAAAGAAGUUGCUGUAUACACUAAAGAAAGUAUUUUGUUUGGUGUCAAUUCUAUUGACUUUUCAGUCAGCGGUCGAAUACUUUUUGGUGGAUAUACAGAUUAUACAAUAAAUGCAUGGGACAGUUUAAAAUGUGAAAGAGUUAGUUUACUUUAUGGACACGAAAACCGAGUUACGAGUGUAAAGCUUUCACCAGACGGUACAGCAUUAGCGUCUGCCAGCUGGGAUGGAUCUUUACGGAUAUGGUCAUAAAUAGUUUUAGAAAUAGUCGUUAUAAAAAGAUGAUACAGUUUAGUAUAAAGUUAAGAUAGAUACUAUGUUUAAUUGUUUGUAUUUUAUAGUAAAAAAUUAUAGUUUAAUCUACCUAAAACUAUUAUUUGAAAAUGGUCACGGCGCGUGAUUAAAUAACUUGUCUUUUUACCAAAUAUUAUAUUAUAAUAAUACUAGUUUUCAUUCAAUAUAUACACAUAUUUAAGGUUUAUUUU